UCAUCAGUGGGUGCUGCUUGCUGUCAGGGAGUCGCUGAGGUGGAGGUGGAGCCGCAGUCCUGUAAUCAUUGCUAAUUCAGCCAGAGGUGUUAGUGAAGGCAGCUCAGCCCACACUGACUGAUGAACUCGAAUAGGUUUCACUAUGUUCAUUCUAUAAACGGGAGACUACAAGUAAUGAGGAAAGACUACACCCGGCCAUCCCAUGAACAGGAGCCAGAGCACCACAGAGACACAAUGCACUGUGGGAACACAGACAGACAGCAUGCAGGGUCAAGUGCCUCGACUUUCAAAAGUCAAUUUAUUCACAAUAAUGAGCUUGUGGAUGGAGACAUUCCCUUCUGAUGAACCAGAUGUAAAUAAAGCCCAGAUAAAGAAGACUGGCCUUGUGGUUGUAGCGAAUAUGAAGAUCAUUGAUCUACACUGCUCAAGCAGAGCACUCCAUGCAGGCCAGGUUGCGGUUAUUAAACAUGGAUCAAGGCUCAAGGACUGUGAUCUCUAUUUCUCCAGGAAGCCAUGCUCAACCUGCUUAAAAAUGAUUGUAAAUGCUGGUGUUAACAGAAUCUCAUACUGGCCUGCAGACCCUGAAAUGAGCCUAGAACAGGAAGUAUCUAACCAUAGUAAUGGAGAUGCAAAGCUUGAUGCAAAAGCCGUUGAGAGGCUAAAAUCAAAUAGCCGUGCUCAUGUGUGUGUGUUGCUGCAGCCCCUGGCAUGCAACAUUGUACAGUUUGUAGAAGAAACCUCUCUGAAAUGUGAUUUUAUUCAGAAUAUUGUAAGGAAGUAUCCCGAUUUCAGCACUGGCUUAUUUUAUGACUAUCGCCAGGAAAAGAUUAAAGAAUAUGAAGCAUUGUUUUUAAUUUCCGAUAAUGAAAAGCACAAGGAGAUACUAAGGUUGAUGGGACUAGAAAAUCUCUGUGAAAACCCCUAUUUUAUUAACCUGAGACAGAACAUGAAGGAGCUCGUUCUCAUUCUUUCCACUGUGGCAUCUAGUGUCCCCAACUGCUAUGAUUUUGGCUUCUACCUAAGUGAUAAUUCUAUUGAGAGUGAUAUCCCUUCUUAUCACAGCAUCUCGCAGGAUAUUACCCGACACUGUAUAAUACAGGCACGGCUGCUGGCUUACAGAUCUGAAGAUCACAAAAUAGGAGUCGGGGCAGUUAUUUGGGCCAAGCGCAGUUCUAACACCACAGAUUGUGAUGGCACAGGAUCCAUGUAUUUUCUUGGCUGUGGUUAUAAUGCAUUCCCAGUGGGUUCAGAGUACGCUGACUUUCCGAACAUGGACGACAAGCAAAAAGACCGAGAAAUACGGAAGUUUCGAUACAUCAUCCACGCUGAGCAAAAUGCAUUAACAUUCAGAAGUCGUGAAAUUAAACCGGAUGAGAAAAGCAUGAUUUUUGUGACUAAAUGCCCGUGUGAUGAAUGCGUACCGUUGAUUAAGGGAGCCGGCAUCAAGCAGGUCUACGCUGGCGAUGUGGACAUUGGGAAGAAAAAGGCUGACAUAUCAUAUCUGAGAUUUGCGGAACUGAAAGGAGUCAGUAAAUAUGCAUGGCAGCAAAAUUCACACAGUGCACGUUGAUCGUAAAAUCAUUGAAUUCAGAGUUGCAGGAAAUAGAGAAGACAGUCAUUUGAGCAUCAACACCAGAAAGGUUGAGACGUUUGAACAACUGGAAGAGGAGAACUUGCAUCACAGGAAAGCAGCCACGCUGUUUUUACAAUCUAUUUCGACAAGAUUUUUAUUUAUGUAUGGCAAACAAAUUUUAAAAUGGAAAAUGAUGCAUAUUUAUAUUAUUAAUUUAUUAAUUGUAUGGAAAUUCUAUAGAAUUUAUCUUUGUAAAAUAUGUGCAUACUAAUUGCAUAUUUGCACCGAUUUAUUAACUGUUCAUCUGUCCUUAUGUAUGAAUAAGUUACAAACCAAGAUGGGACAACGUUUGAGCACUAUGAUGGCUGGGCUUUGGCGUAUCUUAAUGACUUGAAAUCU